UUUUCAAGUAUCUUUUUAUUAAAACCAAAGUGACAUCAAAAUCUCAAGAGAGAUCUGAUCAUGGGGGGAUUUAUAAGCAUGAUAUGGCCCUUGCAUUCUCAUCACGCACUAUAAAUCCUCCACCACCAUCUCUCUUCCUUAAUUGGUCGUUACAAAAAGCCCACCAAUUGCUCCUCCUUUCCAACACCCUCACGAAACCCAUGCACUCACAUAUAAUUAAUCUUAUCUAACAAGACUCCUGCUGGUUCAUAUCUAUAUCUGGAGCAGACCCAGGAAGCCCUUUUUCUCUGCAACAAUGUCUGAAACUGAGAAAACCAUUAAUAACCCACCUUCAUCUCCUACACCUAUAACUCCAUGGCUAACUACCAUGGCAAAGGUUAUGCUUUUGGAGCUGAAAGUGCAGAGGGGAAUUGCUGCUCCUUUGGUAGCAAUGAACUUGACAUGGUUUGCAAAGCUAUCAAUCACAACAGCUUUCUUAGGCCGGCUUGGGGAGCUCAAACUGGCCGGCGGCGUGCUCGGGUUCACAUUUGCUAAUGUCACCGGCUUCUCUGUCUUGAACGGGCUCUGUGGCGCCAUGGAACCCAUCUGUGGUCAAGCUUAUGGAGCUAAAAACUUUAAGCUACUUCACAAAACCCUCCUCAUAGCUAUCUUCUUGUUGCUUCUAGCCACACUGCCUAUAACUUUCUUGUGGCUCAAUGUUGAUAAGAUCCUUGUCCGUUUCGGCCAACAAGAAGACAUUUCCACCAUUGCGAAGAGCUAUCUUUUCUAUCUCCUCCCUGAUUUGGUAGUCAAUGCAUUUUUGUGUCCUCUCAAAGCCUACUUGAGCACACAGAGCAUAACGGUUCCUAUAAUGUUUAGCUCGGCUAUGGCGCUUGCUUUUCAUGUGCCCAUCAACAUAUUGCUUGCAAAAGCUAAGGGUCUUGAGGGAGUUUCAAUGGCAGUGUGGGUCUCUGAUCUCAUAGUAGUAAUUUUACUUGCCUUGUAUGUGUUUUUUAUGGAAAAUGGUAAGGAAAGAAGGUGGAAGGAAGGAGGGUGGUGGGAUCACAGAGUUAGUGACUGGCUCAGGCUGCUCAAGCUCUGCGGGCCAUGUUGUCUCACCACCUGCCUUGAAUGGUGGUGUUAUGAGAUUCUAGUCUUGCUCACAGGCAGGCUAGCAAAUGCCAAGCAGGCAGUUGGAGUGUUAGCCAUUGUGCUGAACUUCGACUAUCUGCUCUACUCUGUGAUGCUUUCACUGGCCACGUGCGCCUCCACCCGUGUCUCGAACGAGCUCGGUGCCAACCGAGCUGGCGCUGCAUACCGGUCAGCAUAUGUGUCUCUGUCAGCGAGCAUCGUCGCUGGUUGCAUAGGUGGCUUACUGAUGGUUGCAGCCAGGGGAAUAUGGGGGCCCUUGUUUAGCCAUGAUAAGGGAGUUAUAAGAGGUGUGAAGAAGAUGAUGCUACUAAUGGCUUUGGUGGAAGUAGUGAAUUUUCCAUUAGCAGUAUGUGGAGGAAUUGUCCGUGGAACAGCUAGGCCAUGGUUGGGCAUGUAUGCCAAUCUUGGUGGGUUCUACCUUCUGGCCCUGCCCUUGAGUGUGGUUCUGGCCUUCAAGGCUGCUCUUGGACUUAGUGGGCUGCUGUUAGGGUUCUUGGUCGGCAUGGUAGCCUGCUUGGUUUUGCUGUUGGUCUUUGUCACAAGGAUCGACUGGGUUGAAGAAGCAGGCAAGGCUCAAAUACUUGCCUGUAAUGCAGACAUUGUUAAGGAAGAUGAAAAUCACAGGAGACCUGUGGAAACAGUCAGUAAUGCUGAAGUAUGAGAAUAAUUUCAAAAUAUUUGUUUGUAUUAAUAAGCAUCUCUACCUACCAUCACAACACAAAUUAGAGUUUUCUUUCAAAUUGAGUUCAAAGAAAUUUCCCCAAUCCAGUCUAUUAAACUAACGUCUCCAAAAUGCAUGUGCUUUUUUGAUGCAUUUUAAACACAUGUCAGUUUAAUAUACUGAGUUAAAGGAAAACUUCGUCCAAUUGAGAAGAUAUAACCCCACAAAUGGCAUCAAUUCCCUUAAGGAAGCCCAUUUAGAAUGAAACUGCAGCCAAGCAAGGAAAGUAUGACAACCGAAAAAGUUAAACGAUUGUCAUGACAUUAAACUAGCUGCCAAAGAUGAGCUCCAAAACAUUAUUUGCUCAAAAUACUAAUCCAUAUGGAGAAAAAGUUACAUAGGCAAGCUCAAAAGGGAAGCAAUCUGCAAAGUCCUAAAGGAUGAAUUCAUGAGACAACUUGUAACUUCGAAGGAAAGCAGAGACAGCAUCAUUUAUC